GCCACCCCUGCCGCGUCACUAGCAGCGUCACCAACCCGGCAAUAUGCCGGGUUGGUGAGCGCUGUGGGAAAGGGGGCUGUAGCACGGGUUGCAGCCGUGUCAGGCUCCCGGCUGUGACCCGUGCUACAGGUGGAAAAGGGGUAUUAGUGUACACAGGUGACUCAAAUGUAACACUGAUAGCAGUAAUCAGGAGCCCAUAUAUCACACAUGGUAACAGCAUUAGGUAAUGGUGCUUAUCAUAACGUCUCUGAGGAAGCCGCUGACUUGACUAAAGGUGGAGAAACGCGUAAGACAUCACCUUCUGUGUCCGGUACCAGCACCUUUACACGGUGAGCUCACCCUUUACAAGCCCUAAUGUGGAUACUCCGGAUAUGGCACCACUAAUGAGCUGAAGGCACCAGGAGCCGGGAGAUCGUCCCUUUGCCCAUUUGGGAGCUUGGGCUAACGAACUAGUGUUGAAAAAAAGCAGUACUUGUCAUCCUACAGUCACUCCCAUGACAUCUGAUGAUGAUGACGCUGCGGAAGCAGGUCCAUCAAAAGAAGUCUUGAGCAGCAGAAGGCGGACUCCUGUACCACACCAAAAAAUAAUACAUGUGCCAAAAAAGAAAGCAAGGUCUGACGUCCAGUCCCUACCACAGCAGGCUACCCCGCCACGAAGAUUGUCUACAGUUUCUUUGGUCCCACCACUCCAAAUUUUGGACACACCUCCAAGACGCCAACCACACUCCCCUCAUCUUGAUUAUUCUAGUACUGGUACCAGCAUCCCUACGCAACAGCAGCAACACAGUGACAUGGAUGAGACAAUUAUUUUACAAAUGCAGCCAGUAAUCGAAGGAAUCAGCCACCCAGCACCUGUGAGUACACCACCACAGCAAAACACACCACCACCACCACAAGACAGCCCAACAACACCAGUAGCACAAGGCCCUGAUCAAGUGUUUUGGGACAGUUGGGCUACACAGCAGACCAAUAAUCAAGAUUGCCUGCGUAGGCAGACCCAAAUUUUUUCAAGCCUACCUUCUCACCUCAGAAGAAUCAGCAGAAAUAUCAGUCGCCAAAAUGAACCAACCAUGAGAAUUGCCAAUACCAUGAAAAUCAUGCGUGCAGACAAUACACAUGUCAUGGGCAACUUACAACGCAUAAUGGAAGAACAGCACAGACAACAGCAAAGCUAUAUCAACAUUUUAGAAAACAAUCAAAUGACCAAUGAAUCUAUCACCAGAAUUUUAGAAAAUCAAAAUGCAGCAACACGUGAACUCAAUGCCACCCUCACUAACCUCAAUGAAACACUCAGAUCCCAGCACCAACAGCAACCAAGCAGCAGUUCUGGUACGACUACUCCAAUUAUAUUGCCAGUGUACUCACCACUAAGGCGCUCCACCAGAGCAUGCCAACACGACAGUGGUAAAGGCAAAGGCCAGUCCAAGCAGCCACCCAAAAAAACAUAAAAAUUAUAGAGACCGAUUUCUGUAGAGAAGAAAAUAAACACAGUUAGUAAGUGUAUGAUUGUCAGAAUAUAUAUAACACUUAGCACCUAGUAAAUUUUUACAUCAUUAAUUAUAACUGUUACAAACAACAACAGGAUUUUUAGCAUCACAUUUAUUCUUUAACAUCUUUGAUUUUUUUUUGGAUGAGGAAAAUGUUCUUUGAGCUGCACAUUGAUCUUAGCAUGCAGAAACAAUACCACUUGAUUAUCUAAUUAAUAUUUCUUGAUUCCAAUCACUCUCAUAUCCUGCAGACAGACUAAUUGGCAGCCAUGCAGAUUAAUCCAUGACCAAUACAACUUACAAUGUGAAUUUUAACUCUUUUACAUUUCUUCUCUAGACGACAUUACAAUAAUAACACAAUUGAGUGUGCAAAGUUUCCUAAUAUGUUGUCAACAAAUUUAGAUAAUUAAUUCCCAAAAUGUUUGACAUUAUAGUUGUGCCAUGUUUGUGUGUGGUAAAAAGGAGUAAUCAGAUUCUAAAACAUGAUGCAGAACGAAAGUAAUUGGAAAUAUUUGAUUCAAACAAAUAAUGUGUAUAAUAAUGGAUAUAUGUUGAAAACUGUGUAUUGACUUACAAAUCUGCAAGUUUACUCCAGCAAACAUAACUAAAUCAAUUUUUUUGGAUGAGACUAAGUUUGUGUCCCUUAAAUCCGAUGGAGCAUCACACAUAGGGACACAUGUAUUCCUCAAGGAUAACAUAUUAUAUGUGGAGAAGUGUUACAUUAGGACAUAACAC